AUGAAGUAUGGACUAGAAGUUCAGCCAUACGAUGGAUCGCAGAUCCUCAACAAUGAUCGGGUUUGGCUUUUCGUGCUAACAUGGUGGUGCGAUACUUUACUUUUCUGCUCUAGCAGCUCAUUUCGUUUUCCAUUUCCUUCAGCACCUAGCGUCAAAAUUUGCUCACGAAAUGAUCCGGAGCUGUCCCGAUGCUUCAUCGAGUCCAUCAACGAUCUCAAGCCGCGGUUGGCGUCGGGAAAAAUAUCCGAUGACUUCCAAAUACCACCAAUGGAACCGCUGGCAUUGUCCAGCAUCAACAUGGACCGAGGUGCCGAAUUUAAGGUCACCUUCAGUGAGUUACUUGUUACCGGAACAAGCAAGUUUAAUAUUGAAAACUUAACGGCAAACCUUGAGACGCUGAUAUUUGAUUUCAACCUUCUUCUGCCCAAGUUGUCGUUCAAGGGAAAGUACAACUUGAAGAUCAAGCUGCUCCUCUUAAACUUAGCCGGUGCCGGUGAUCUGAAGGGGGUGUUCGAAAAUACUCGUGCCCGAGUCAAGGUGCUGUGGGAGAAGUACAUGAAGAACGGCAAGGAGUACUUGCGUAUCAAUAAGCUACUCGUGCGCCUCCAGAUCGAAAACGGCCGUUUCGACAUGAAGGACCUGUUCCGCGGUGAUCCAGUCCUCAACCAGGCCGGCAACCAGUUUAUCAACGAGAACUCGCGUCUCUUCCUCGACGAGCUGACUCCCGGACUUGAGCGGAGCCUUGCAGAGACGUUCAAGGCCAUGGCCAACGAGAUCAUGCAGCGCGCAACCUUUGACGAAAGCUUUCCGGCGUAAGGAUCAUCGAAAGUUGUUGGCGAGGAAGUAGUACGUUCGAUCGUUUAUCGCG